AUGGCGCGGGGUCUGCGCGAGACGGUUGCGAAGAACGGGCCGGUGGUGACUGAGGGUUUGAAGCAGGUGGUGGAGGACGCGGACUUUGCGGUGGUGCAGCCUACAUUGAAGGUGUACCGGUCGAGUGGUUUUCUGGACUCGGUGUUAUACGUGGUGCGUUGCUGCGUGGGCUUGGUGGUAGGUUUCCUUCGGGGUCUGCACGAGCCAGGUUGCAACGGGUGGUUCGACCGAGGUUUGGGAAGUGUGAUCCAGUUCGUGUCCAAGGCGGAGGCAGGUUUGAAUUCACGGAGUGCCACUGUGGACCGCGAAAUGGAAAAGUGUCAGCCGUUCAGCACGUCCAUAAAGUACGGGAAGGCCGUGCGCCGGUCGGUGCUGGCUAUGGCGCAGUGGGCGUCGGACACAGUGAUAGAGAGGCUGCCGAAGGUUAACUUCGACGAAGAGAGCAUCAGCCGCCUCGGCGGCUGGUUCUACGAGGCCGUGGGCCACACACGUGUGUGGUCUCGUGUCUCUCAGAUUUACGCCGGCAAAGUUACAACAAAGGAGUCCGGACGCAGUGAGUAG